CUUUCAACAAAUUGGGACAUAUACCUCGUGGCUGGAAGUGGUGGGUUCCCUCACUAGGACAGUUGGUUGUUGGAUUUAACUGGUUGGAAAAGACUGAGCUCCAUUCUGUGAAGCAGGAUUUGAAUUUGACCUGUUUGCUUUAAUGCAAAGUAGUGCUUUAGCCAUGCCUCGCCUUCUUGGCCCCCUCCUUACUGUUCUACUUCAGCUUUUUGUCUUCCCAUGUGUGACUGAUGGGGCUUACUACGGACACAAGCAACACCCUCAGCCAUACCAGCCAAUGCAGCACCUUCAACACAUAAACAUGGGAAAUAGAGGUUUUCCUCAACAACAGUACAUUGGCAAGGAAGUGCCCUACAUGCAAUAUCCACACUAUAGGAAGGAGCUGCCCCAGAUGCCAUUGCUUAAGGGCAAAGAAAAUCCCCGUAAAGGGGGGAACUACAAUGGUGGUAAAGAAAAAGGUUUAACAAUACCUAGUGCUGUGGAAGGAGUUCCUCAGGGAGAACAAGGCCCAGCUGGACCACCUGGACCUGUGGGACCUCCAGGACCUCCUGGACCUCCAGGGAAUGGAUUACCUGGCCCAGAGGGCCAACCUGGACCUCCAGGUCCACCAGGAUUACCUGGAAUGGGAAAACUAGGCUUGCCCGGACUGCCAGGAAAACCAGGUGUAAACGGUGAGCGUGGGCCUCAAGGGAAAAUAGGACCAAGAGGGGAAGAGGGUCCUGAUGGUCCACCAGGUCCACAGGGACCCCAAGGACCACCUGGGUUUCCUGGAAUAGGUAAACCAGGGUUACAGGGAUUACCGGGACAACCAGGUGUCAAAGGGGAACCGGGUCACAAAGGCCUGCCAGGUCUGCCGGGAUUACCAGGACCAAAAGGAGACAAAGGGAUGGGUCUGCCUGGACAGCCUGGUCACAAAGGACUUCCUGGGCCUCCUGGACCUGCUGGCCCAAGAGGGCUGCCAGGUCUUGGAAAACCAGGGUUAAAUGGUUUACCUGGUCCACAAGGACCCCCAGGACAUAAAGGAUAUCCUGGAGAAGCAGGCCCUCCCGGACCAGCUGGGGAAGGAGGGAAGCCUGGCCCACCAGGUCCACCUGGUCAAGGAAAGCCAGGUCAAAAUGGUCUGCCUGGACAGCCAGGAAGGACAGGUGAGAAGGGCCUUCCAGGACCACCAGGUCUGCCAGGAAAGCCAGGUCUUCCAGGAUUUGGCAAGCAAGGACUUCCAGGACCAAAAGGUGAUAAAGGAAUUGGUGCACCCGCAGGACCCCCAGGACCCAAAGGAGAAAAGGGUAUUGGUGGAAUACCUGGAAUGCUUGGACUCCCUGGACCGAAUGGUCCUCCAGGUCCUGCAGGACCAAUUGGAGAACCUGGAAGUAUAGGUGCACCUGGUCCUAAAGGAGAUAGUGGAGAUGAAGGACCAAGAGGGCGUGAUGGGGCUAAGGGUGACCUUGGUCCUCAAGGACCACCUGGUAAGGAUGGUCUACCUGGGGAACUUGGAGAACCAGGCCCAAGAGGUCCACCUGGAUCAAGUGGUCCAAAAGGUGCGGAUGGCCAGAAAGGUCUAGCUGGUAUGCCUGGUCCCCCUGGAACUCCUGGUUUGAGAGGACAUGCCGGAUUACCUGGGGAAAGAGGUAUUCAGGGACCUCAAGGAAUCCCUGGAAUAAAUGGUGCAGUUGGACCCAUUGGGCCUACUGGUCCCACAGGACCCAAAGGAGAAAGUGGUCCUCCUGGUCCACCAGGCAUUGCAGACAUUGGGAGUCCUGGCCUGCCUGGUCCUGUAGGAGCCCCAGGAAGAGAGGGACCGUCUGGACCCCCUGGACAACCAGGUCAACCUGGUCCACCUGGACCACCAGGACCACCCGGUGAACCCGUUUUUUCACCAGAAAUGGCUGGAGUACUUUCUGAGAUGGGUCCGGGACUAGAUGGUGUUAAAGCUGGAAGUUAUGAUAAGAAGGGCAAAUAUGGUGGAGGCUGGGCUGAAGUAAUGGGUUCCAGUGGCCUUGAAAUGCCAGCAUUUACUGCUGUAGCAUCUACACCCUUUCCACCUGUGGGCAGCCCAGUUGUUUUUGAUAAACUUUUGUACAAUGGCCGCCAAAACUACAAUCCCCAGACAGGAAUUUUCACCUGUGACAUUCCUGGCAUUUAUUACUUUGCCUACCACAUUCACUGUAAGGGAGAAAAUGUGUGGGUGGCUUUGAUGAGAAACAGUGAGCCUGUGAUGUAUACCUAUGAUGAAUAUAAAAAGGGUUUCUUAGAUCAAGCAUCGGGAAGUGCAGUACUACCUCUUCAACCUGGGGACACUGUGUACAUUCAGAUGCCAUCAGAUCAGGCCUCUGGACUUUAUGCUGGAGAGUAUGUGCAGUCCUCCUUCUCUGGGUAUUUGCUCUAUCCAAUGUAAUACCCCAUACUUCUGGAAGAGGGAGCAGAUGCUUAUUUUUGUGAAAUAGUUGACCGUAUAUUAAAUUAACUUAACUUAACUGGGCAUUUUUUUAAUGUUGAGUCAAAAAUGAUGCUAUCAUUAACAGAGGUUAAACUACAGUAUUUUGUACUGUAUUGUCUUAAAGUCAUUCCAAAUAGGUGACCUAAGACUUGUUUUCAAUUUUGAGAGAGUUAAAAGAACCAAAUAAUUACAGCUUUAUUUACUUCUAAGAAAAUAUCAACUGUCUCAAAACAAUGCAAUUGCUGUGACUUGUUAUAUGCUGACUGAAAUACAGAAAGCUUUUGGAGUCUCAUAUCAACAGAUAAUAAGGCUCUCUGGUCACUACAUUGUGCUACAGUAAUGUCAAAUUCAGCCUCACACAGUUUUCCAAUUGGCCACUAACAUCUUGACAGGAAAACGGUAUCUAUUUCUACACAUAUACAUCGGGUCUUUUAAGGUAUCAAUGCUAUAGAAAAUAUAAAAUGGCCUCAUGACAAUGGCAGUACAGAUCAUAUCACUAUUUUGUAAGAAUUGAGUUUUGAACGCUUUUUGUUUAGUUUGCAAAUGUCUUAGUUUGGGAAAAAAACCAAAACUUGAGCAUGGUAAAUUUUAAUAAGAAAAUCAUAUGGGCCUACUUAAUAAAUUUUGAAAAGAUGCGUGAUAGAACUUCCUAUGUUUUAAAUAAAUGUGUCCGUUUUUGUACUCCUGUGAAAAGCUGAAGACCAACAUGACAAGCUUUUAAGAAAUAUUGACUACAAAAACACAUGAUACAUGAAAAACAAUAUAAUGUUAUCCUUAUUUUGAAGUGUUAAUUGUUCAUUUCUGAAUCUGCUGCUGUGAAAAACAAAUUAGUAUACUUAUUGAUGCUCUGAACUAUUAAGCCACUCUACAUACUACAUUAGAUUAAUUCAAAACAUAAAAAAGGAAAAUAUGGUCACAAGCACCAUACAUUUAUGCUGUCCUUGUUUGCUAGCAUUUGCUACUGAGGUAAGGUACUUAUUGUGUUGUUGUCAGGGAUUACUUCAAUAGAAAGUGCUUUUUAACUGUCAAUCAGAAGACCCUUUUCUUCUGAGACACUUUAGUUGAACUAAUUUAUUUUGUCUAAAUUCAAUAAAAUGAAUGGUCAUUUGUAUUGCUUUUAUUUAAGGGUUUUAAUUGAAAAAUUCACUGUUCAAAAGUGUUUUGCAGGACAUGAUUUCAUAUAAGAAGGAUAUCGUUUAUGAUCCAUUUCCCAUGUACUGAAUGAAUUAUGAUGUUAAAGUAAAAGAAGAAGAGCUUAAAGACGAGUAACCAUGGUGACGAUAUUGUCUCUGUCAUCAAAAUGUUAUUGUGUUAAUGUUUAAAGUUUGCUAUGAGUUUUUAAAAAAAAUAAAGAUUGUUAAGUAAAAAAU